AUGAGCGACGCCAACGGCACCGUCGCGACCCGCGACGUCAAGGCCGAAGGUCAAGAGACCGAAGACGAGGAGAAUGAAGAGGGAAAGGCGACAUACAAGUCAUGGAAGAAGAAGUAUCGCAAGAUGCGCAUCACUUUCGAUCAGAAGAUGCACGACUGCGAGGAAUUGCAUCGUCAAGAGUCCCUAGCGCUUGCCACUGCAAAGCGUAUCGCCAUCGAGAAUGAUCGCAUACUCGAUCUGCUGCUCGACAUGAACUCCUCGGCUCAACUGCCCUUUGACAAGCGCUUCGAUAUCUCACAAGACCCGCCCGAAGAUACCUCAUUCCCACCUCUUGAUGUGGACAUGUCUGGAAAGAAGCCCGAUGAACCUACCAAGUCGUUGGACACACUCCUCAAGGAGGUGCCACAUUAUACCUACUCCCAAGCAAAGGAGCAGGACCCCACCGUCGUGGCCGAUAUGGAACCGUUCUCCGGCGAGCCUCACCCUCCUUCGUUCCUGACGGCCGACGACAUUGACGACUACAUCCACGACGUGGACCGACGCAUCGACCCCGAUAACCUCCCGACGCUGGCCCCGGUCGCCCGCAGCAACGCUCCUCUUCCGGAGACCAACCCGCACGCCCUUUCUCAGACGAUCGCGAUGAAGAAUCCCACGAGUGUCUACAAUUGGCUCCGUAAGCACGCGCCAAAGACCUUCCUACAGGAUGCCGAGAAUGCCGCACCCGCCGGAGACGAAGAGGCAGCCGAGGCACCUCCGACAGAUGGCCGGAGGCGACGCGGCGGCGGCGCGUCAAGGGGGGAGACCCGAGGCGGUCGCGGAUCGCGAGGCGGUAAGCGCGCCUCGCUCGCCGCCGUACGAGCCGAGAAAGCUGCGCAGCGAGCCGCGGAGAAGGCCGCUGCGGCGGCCGAAAGGGCUGCCGCCCUGCGCCGUGACGCGGACAGCUACGACCAUAGCAUGGACGAGGCCGACUCGGACGGUCCCAGCUUUGCGACGCCGGCCACGGGCCGGGGCAAGAGAAAGCGCGCCGGUAGAGACGACGACGACGGAUACCGGCCCCGGGGCUCGAUCAGCAGACCGACCAAGAAGAAGCGCAAAAGCGAGAGCGCCGACGUGAGCACCCCGACUGUGUCCAAGAGAGGCCGCAAGAGCGAGCUCUCCCGCGACAGAGACGACUAG